UUAAUUAUUAAGUAUUUGAUUGAAGUGUUGAAUCUGCGGUUCGCUUUCUCUCUGCGCUCACAUGCCCUUCAGUCCGUUGCAGGAAGGAUUUCCACAUCAAACACAGAGUCUGAAUCAUGGCGGUGCAGGUGACCGAGUCCGACCAGAUCAAACAGUUUAAGGAGUUUCUGGGGACUUAUAACAAGGUGACGGAGAACUGCUUCAUGGACUGCGUCAAAGAUUUCACCACCAGAGACGUGAAACCUGAGGAGUCCAGCUGCUCGGAGUCCUGCCUACAGAAGUACCUGAAGAUGACCCAGCGGAUCUCGAUGCGUUUCCAGGAGUAUCACAUCCAGCAGAACGAGGCUCUCGCUGCUAAAGCCGGACUCCUGGGACAGCCGCGAUGAACCUGAACCUGAACCUGAACCUGAACCUGGUCCUGAUCCUGGUCCUGAACCUGGUCAACCACAAAUACAGACUCUGAACCUGAUACCGUUUUGAUUUCAUGUAAAACUGCUGGACUCAAAAAGCUUGAGGAGAAGAACAAAGCUUCUUCCAGAGCAUCAUGGGAAAUGUGGUUUUAAGCAGGUGUUUGACAUUUUUCUUUAGUUUUUUUUCCUUAUGUUAAAAUGUUUUUUUUUAAAUUAAACAUUAUGAACUGAUGUUGUCUUGCCUGAAAGUAUUUACAUUCACUCAACUAUUAUUAUACUAUUUAUAGGAGAAGUGGCCUAAUGAACAUUUACCUUUGUAUCACAAUAAAUAAUUCUGAGCUUGA